GCCAAUCAAAGCUCAAACCAAUGGUGGGCAAGACUGCAGCCAAGCCUCCGACCUCUGCGCCUCCUGCCAAGAAGCGCAAGGCCUCUUCCUCCUCUUCCGUCCCGCUCCUCAUCCAGAAGGAUAUAUCCGCCGAUGAAGUUGUGGAUGCACAUGAACUCGUGUCUCAAACGGACGUCCACAGCGCCACGAAAGCUCGAAUGCUGCUCACUUGGUUACUAUACCCUGUGACCCCAGAGGACUUCUACCAGAACUACUGGGAGCAGCGCCCAUUGGCCAUCAAACGUAAUUUCCCCAGCUACUAUGACGGAUGGUUCAGCAAGCAGGAGAUUGACCGUAUCCUCAAGACUCACACGCUCGAGUACGGCACUGAUCUGGACCUGACCAAGUAUGUGGACAACACCCGCCACACACUCAACCCAUCGGGCGCUGCAACGGCUAAACAGGUGUGGAAACACUACGAUGACGGCUGCUCGGUCCGUCUCCUGUGUCCUCAAAAGUUCUCGGACAAUGUGUGGAAGUUGUUGGCCACAUUGGAGGAUGAAUGGGGCUGCAUGGCUGGUGCCAAUACCUACUUGACUCCGAAGAACACACAAGGGUUCGCACCUCACUUUGAUGACAUUGAGGCUUUCUUACUGCAGACAGAAGGAUGCAAACAUUGGAAGGUGUACAAACCGUUGAAUGAGAGCGACAUGUUGGCGAGGUAUCCAAGUGGAAACUACAAGCCGGAAGACCUCGGCAAACCCACGCUUGAAGUGGACUUGGAACAGGGAGACUUAUUGUAUUUCCCUCGCGGUUUUAUUCACCAGGCACGUGCACACAAGGAGAAGCACUCGCUGCACUUGACCGUGUCUACCGGUCAACAGAAUAGCAUGGGUAACUUCCUGGAAGUGCUGCUGCCUCAAGCAUUGGCCGGUGCUAUUAACACUAAUGUGGAACUGCGACGCUCGCUGCCUCGUGAUUAUUUGGAUUACAUGGGAGUCAUGCACUCGGAUCGGGAAGGCGAUCCGGAGAGACAGGCAUUCGCUAACAAGCUCAAGGGUGCACUAAAGACUGUGCUCGGUGAUGCCAUGGGAAUGCUGGACGCUGCGUCAGACCAGAUGGCCAAGAACUUCCUGGUUGACCGCCUGCCACCGGCACUUGAGGACGAAGAGGAGAACUGCACGAGCGACAAUAGCCCACUGCAAAAGAUUACGGUCAACACUCAGCUCAAGCUGAUACGACACGGCGUUGCGCGUCUUGUGAUUGAGGAUGGAAAAGCUGUGCUUUAUCACUGCCGCGAGAACUCCCGUAUGCACCACGAAGUUCCUAUCUCGCCGCUUGAGUUCGAGUUGGAUGAUGCCGAGAGCAUCGAGUUUAUUCUCAGCAGCUACCCUGACUACUUCCGCGUAGGUGACAUGCCUCACGAAGAUCCCCAAGACCAGACAGAGCUCGCGAAGGCUUUGUAUAAGGAAGGCAUUCUCAUGUUCCAGAAAUCUUAGCUCUGUUCUGCUACAUUGACGCUCUUUUACUUUAUUUCAGCUUCCCCAUCUUGUUCCAGUUAUCGUACUCUACAAGUCCUUAGUUUCACAGUGGAUUGAGCUCUCAGUUUUUUUUUCGAGUUAUAAGGAGGAUUUAUAUAAGAAAAUCCGUG